AUGAAUCGCAAUGGAGUUUUUCAGAAGGAUAAUUGGGGAGAACACCGAUCUCCGAUAUUUUUUAUAUGUUUAGGAGCCGCUGCGCACACUUCCUAUACGACAAUGUUUUCUACAAGUUUAUCAAAUAUUUACGAGUACCCUUACACCAUCAAAAAGAUUAACGAUCUUCGAUUAGGAACAUAUCGGAUUUGCGAUUCGUUAUCUGUUAAACACUCUUGCACCACGGAUACAAGUUGUUAA